CGUACGACAUACAAAUAUAGCGCGCCAAAGCAGAAAUGUUUGAACCGCACCUGUUUAAAGGAAAAUAAGGAUUCUUCUGAGGUACGCUAAACAACCGGAGCGGCGGACCGAAACUUGUCAGUAGUCAAUUGUCAAUUGUCAUCACUGCUGAAAUCAAACCAGGCGAGGCAGGCAAUCUCCAUUUCUCUCUUGUUCUCCCUUUUCUAUCUAUCCGAUAUUCUUCAAUUAGUAUUGAACUAUCGUCUAUGGCUUCCUUUCAUAGUCUUCAACCCACUUUCGAACUUGGGAACAACAUUCAGAAGUAAGGCAGUUCAAUUUCUGUAGAUGACAUCAUGCACUUAGCUAAUUUCUUAAUGGAAACCCAAGUGGGUAUUGUACAUAAUGACAUUGAAGAACUUCAUAGUCCACAUGUUGAAUAUUCUCAGACUGAAGUGCUGGAUGGAUAUGAUACUGAAAUAAUCCCUGAUAGUGAUGAUGACAUAACAUACCCCCUUGGUAGCAGACAAUUGUCGCGUGGAAUUGCUAGUUUUAUAAAGCCAUCUCGAGACUUGGAUGAGGUGAAUUCCCUUACUCACUCUCCAUGCAAGAAACUGGAAAGUUUGAGUAUCAAUACUAAUGCUCGUGAUGGUGUUCCAGAUCAGGAUGCAUGCAUGAUUUUUUUCCAGGAAAAUUAUGGUUUCAGUGUUACUGCUCAUCACAUCAAGCAAGCUACUGGGUUAAAUGUCAAGGAUUAUGACAUAUCUGAAACUGAAGAUCCAUGCUUAGCCAAUGACAUUGCUUGUGACAAAAAGUGUAUCUAUAAUAGUGGUGAAGUGGGUGAAGACACUAAAAUUGGUGAGGGUGGAAGGACCAGUAAAUCUGCACAAAGAGAUGCGAGUAUUGUUUAUGUACGUAAAAGAAAAAGAACUUGUAGUCUUGGGGCAAAUAAUGUAGAAGAUGAAAAACGAUUAAUGAAUAGGAGUGAUAAGGGUGCAUAUCUAAGCUAUGUUGAAUCUCAAGAAUCUGAAGAUGUCUCUGCAGCUCUUCACUUUGUUGAGCAAUAUGUUGAUUCUACUGCUCUACUGUCUUCUCCACUGGUUGAUUCCAUUGUAAAGGAUAAAUCGCAAUCUGCACAAUGUGUGAACAGGGUUCAACAUUUAAUUGGGCGGGCAAACCUUCAAAACCUAGAAAAGCAAAGAGGAAUCUUUGAAUGGGAUGAUAGACUUGAUGGAAAUAAAGAAUCUGAUGCUUCAGUUAAUUUUGGUAAUAUGUCCUUUGGGGUUAAGAAGUAUGAUCAUACAUAUAAGCGAAGGUCUCGAAGUGUAGCAAACAUGAUCUCUAAGGACCUUGGGAAUGUAGGUGAUUUAUCAAAGGAGAAAAUUGAAAAUCAUGACAAUUUGACGAAGACGGAUAAUACAGUGCUAAUUGAUAAAUGUGCCAAUUAUCAAGGUACCGAAAAAAUUAAUGAGAAGAAAGAUGGAAGGGAUUCAAUAGUGCAGGAUCAACAGGUGAAUGAUAAGUCUGUGAUGAUGGAGUUUGAAGCAUGUGCAGAAGAUUUAGAGUACGCAUUUGAUGUUGGAAUAAACACACAAAUGGCUGCUGAAGCUAUACAAGCUUUGUCAUAUGCUCCUGCCUUGAACUGCAAUGAGGUGUAUGCUGAUAAGUGUCCACAAAAGAUGCUCAACAAGUCUUUAAAUAUUAGUUAUCAGAAGAGAGUCAAUGCAGGGAAUUGGUCAGUUCCUAAAAAAUGUCGUUCAGCAUCGAAAUGUGCUGUGAGCGAGCCUGAAGAAAGUAGGAAAUUGCUUUCUGGAAGCUAUAGUUCGAAAAUUAAAUUAUCAACAUCUGAAGUAAAAGGAAAUUCUAGGAAAUCAGAGGAUCAUGAAUUUGUGGAUGGACAUAACACUAAUGAUCCAACCAUGGUUAAUGUUGAGCUGAAAAGGAAGGUAAAUGGUGCGCAGAAUGUCAAAAUGGAAGGUUCCAAGGAAAAUUUGUGGCCAUUACUUUCAACUGAAUAUUCCAAUCAAAUAGUUGCCCGGAAAUCCAAACCAUUAAACUUGUUCCACAAUAACGGGGGUCUUAACUCUACUAAUUCAAAAACUGAUGUUAUGAAGAUUGAUUCCUAUGACAGAAGAAAAGAUAUGUGCGUCAUUGAAGAUCAAGAGAACUUUUCUAAGUCUCUCUAUAUGUGCUUGAGUGAUGAAGACUCGGUUCGUCAAGUGGCAGAUAAAGUUGCAGUUCACAAAUAUGUUAGGAAAAUUAACCAUAUGGAGACUAGUCUCCAUGAAGAAGAUAAUAUGGGAGAUGCCAAUAUGGUCAGGGUUUCUGGUCCAGUGCAAAAAUUGUCUAAGCUUCCCAGCACGAAACUCAAUGAUAACAAGACCACACGAGCUGCUCAGCAGAAAUCAUCAUGUGCCCUUGUAAAUUCGGAAAUUUGGUAUUUUAAGGACUAUCCAAGGGGUAAACAAACGUGCGGAUACAUGCUUGGGGAAUCUGCGGGUUUUCAACAUUCUGAUUUUUCAUCUGUGAAAGUUACUAGGGGAAAACACAAUCUCCAAAAUUUGAAAGGUCACUUGAACUUUGAGGCCUGCUUUAUUCCAUCUUUCACUGUUAAGAAACGGCGAUCAUCAGCAUAUAUCAGUCCGUAUCGUUUGUCUUCUCAGAAGAAUUCUGAAAAACGUUUUGUGGGACGCCGUGUUGAUAAUUUGAAGGAGAGUUGCAUUGUUUAUGAUAACGACUUUGGUGCGAAGCCGAAAAACUUAAUUGAAGGCAUGCUUGGUGGUGUCAGUACUUGGAAACUUCAUAAAGCAGAUAAUACAGGUUUUGAAUGCACCAUGGAUGGUAGAAAACAAAAGACUGAUUCCACUCUACUGGUAAAAAAUAAUACUAGCUCUGAAGAUGCUGCACCUUCUAGCAUCUUGGUUGAUGACUGCCAUCAGAAACAUGGAAAGAAAAAGGCUUCAACACCAGUUAUUACAAGAGAACUAGCCAGACUAGGUUUCAAAGAGUCGAUGCCAGAGUUCUCUUUAAAAGAUUCUCGAAGGCGAAAGACAAUGGCAGACAUACGAGUUUUAUUCAGUAAGAAUUUAGAUAAACAUACAUUGAAGCAGCAAAAAAAGAUUUUGACGCGGUUUGGUGUUUCUAUGGCCUCUUGUCCUUCAAAUGCAACUCAUUUCAUUGCAGAUAAAUUUAUCCGGACUAGAAAUAUGUUGGAGUUUAUUGCCGAAGGUAAACCUGUGGUGACCUCUAUGUGGUUAGAAAGCUGCCAACAAGCUGGUUUUUACAUUGAUGAGAGAAGUUACAUUCUGAGGGAUAUGAAACGAGAACAAGAGUUUGGUUUUAGGCUGCCCUUUUCCCUAGAUCAGGCAAGGAAGCAUCCUCUUUUAAAGGGCUAUAAGGUCAUUAUUACCCCAAACACAAAACCUGAAGAAGAAAUGCUUACUAGCUUGGUUAAGAUUGCGCAUGGCCAGGUAGUGGAUAUGCUCGCAGAUGCUAUGAUGAGAGAGAACAUGAUUCUUAGUAAUCUGCUAAUUUUCUCUUGUGAAGAAGAUCAAGCAUAUUGUCUUCCAUUCCUUGAAAGAGGCGCAUCAGUUUAUAGCUCAGAAUUGCUUCUCAAUGGAAUCAUUAUUCAGAAACUUGAAUUUGAGAGGCAUCAACUUUUUAAAACUCAUUAAUUGGAUGUGAACAUCCCAAGAACUUCAGCAAUGGAUGAUUAUCUCUCCAGCAAGACAAAUGUGAAAAUGUGGAUUUGUGGAUAUGUAUUUUGGUGCAACUUUGAUUCCCUUUUAGUUAUUAUUAUUAGGCCUUUAUUUUUUCUUCAAUGUAUAUUUCUUUCUUUAAACAGCAUCCAAUCAAAGGUUUAUACUCUAUUGGUAAUACUGGUGUAAGUGGGAGCAUUUUUAUAAUUACACGUGUAAAAUAAAAGUAUUUGGGUAAAAAAUUCAAUGCUAAAAAAUGAAAUGAGACAAGUAAGAUGAACUUACCAAUAAGAAAAUGGGACAAGUAAAGAAAAUAGAGAAAAUUUGAAAAAAACAAGAUAAUUAAACAACUUAU